CCAGUGCUCCUCUGUUUGCAAACAGCAGAUGCCCUGGGGAGGGCUUGCCUACCAGCUGUGUUAGGAAGUUUUCUUCCACAUGCUCCAGGAACCUCCUGGAGUUCUGGUCUCCUGUCUGUUGGGUGGGAUUCCAGCAGACACCUGGUAAGCUGAAGAUGUCACUGAGGAUGUUGGCAGUGAUAGAUGUGGGUACAUCUAUCUACCCCUAAUGCAAAUCUCUGCCCAGCACUGGUGAGACACAGCUGGAGGGCUGAUUCUGGAAUUCCAGGAUGAGGGAGGCGUAUCCGUACUGGAGCAAGUCCGGCAAAGGGUCACUAAGAAGGAGGAAGUGCCAGAACAUAGAGUAGUAGGCGCUCUUACAGACACCAACCUCUUAAAACUCUUCUCCAGCUGAGCAGUGAAUUCUGUGGGGUCUUGAAAGCAGGGACAGAUCAUGAUGGCUGUCUCAGGAGAGCAAGCUAUGGCUGGAGAGAAAAUGCUCAGGAUGCCCAGCUGCCUCCUAAAGCCCACCAGGGUCAUGCUGAGCCACAAGCCCUGGGCACUGUUUAUCCUCAUCUUUGUGUUUGUGUCCUUUGCCUACCACAAGUUGUACUGGGGCAUCUGGGAGGACCCAAAGAGCAGAGGCCCCCUCUACGGCUCAUCUGCUGAAAUCAGCUGUGCUCACUAUGUGCCUUCUUCCCUCAACAUUGCUGGUGGGCCCUCUCCUUCUACAGGAAGUGUGUUUUUUGUGGAGACCUCAGAGCAAACUACCCCAAGUUACCUGUUCUCAUGCUCUGUGGAGUCAGCGGCCAGGGCACACCCCGCAUCAAGAGUCGUGGUGCUCAUGAAAGGCUUGGCCAAAGAGAAUGCCUCCUUACCCAGGCACUGGGCUUUCUCCUUGCUGAGCUGCUUCCCCAAUGUGGAAAUCCAGCCCCUGGACUUGACAGACCUCUUUUCUGGAACACCUCUGGCACAAUGGUACUUGCAGCCUCAGAGGCAGCAGGAGCCUCAUUUUUUACAUGUCCUCUCUGAUGCCUGCAGGAUUGUCCUCAUGUGGAAAUUUGGUGGCAUCUACCUGGAUACAGAUUUCAUUGUGCUUAAGAACUUACAGAACCUCACCGAUGCACUCGGGAUUCAGGAUGAUGUUGAACUGAAUGGGGCCUUUCUGUCCUUUAAGCCCAAACACAAGUUCAUGGAGCUUUGCGUGCAGGACUUUGUGCAGAAUUACAAUGGCUGGGUCUGGGGCCACCAGGGCCCAGAGCUCCUAACUCGUGUCUUCAAGAAAUGGUGCUCCAUCCAGACUAUCAAGAGCAUGAGCUGCAAAGGUGUGAGUGCUCUUGCCCCAGAAGUUGUUUAUCCCAUUCCCUGGCAGGACUGGAAGAAAUUGUUUGAGCCAGUCAGUGCCUUGGAGCUUCGCAAACUCCUGAAGAACACCUAUGCAGUGCACGUAUGGAACAAACUGAGCCAUGGGACCAAGUUAGAGAUCCCCUCCCAGGCUCUGCUGGCUCAGCUCUAUUCCCAGUUCUGCCCUGCCACCUACACAAAGAUGAAACAGGACUCUGAAGAGUUGUCAAGGGGUGCAGUGUGACCUGAGGG